GUGGCUCCGAUCGGACACGUUGAGUUUAGUCGGGACGCGAAAAACGCUGAAAAGUAAACAGGUACCUCGAGUGUGCGCGUGGGCACUUAAUCGCCACUAACACUCACCGAGCCGAGCUUUCUGAUCGCGCCGGACGUCGGCGGCCCGGAGUGAUUAAGCGGUUUGUCGUGUCUCCCGCUGAACGCUGUGUUCAAGAUAGAUGGUGACUGCUCUAAAAGGCAAAGUAUGUGUAGUCACUGCAUUCAUCAGGUGGCAAGGUGUUUUUGAGUGUUUGUGUUUGGAUAAGUGCGCAGGUUAGUGCUGUCAAAUUAGCACCGUGAGUUUGAAGAGCAAAAAUUCGAUGGUCGGUGAAAUGUGUGGUCGCUUCAGUACAACAAGUGAUGUCAUUCGUUAAACGAUAAAUAGAAGGAAGAAGAUCAUUUAUGGAAGUGCCAGAAAAACAAGUUGCUACCUGUAGUAGCAAAAGGAAAUGCACGAUAAUACUAUAGACCACACUUGUCACUGAUAAAUCAAUGCUUUCUACUAGAAACAUCUAUUUCGCUUCACUACUUUGACCAAGGAACGUAAAAUGAUAAUCUAAUGAACUAAUCAUAUAUAAGGGUGAGAUAGAUGUUCUAACCACAAUGCUAACAGUGACAUGUGGAAUCUAUAAUAUUAUUACGCCUAUUAGCAGAAGUGAAUAGUUAAGUGAAAGUGUGAACAUCAACAUGAUACAAAAAGUUUCAUUGGCUAUCUGGCUGUCAUCCGGACUGGUGAUAAUACUACUAUUCAUGUGCACAACCAUGCUAAUGGUAACGCCAACGAAUUCAGCUGCCCAAUUUCGUCCAUUGGUCAGACAGCGAGAAGAAGAAGCAACGGAUGAAGAAUUGAAGACAAGAAUACAGGAAAUUUACAAACGUAAAGGUUACACGAAUCCAGAGCCUGAUCCCGAGGAUUAUCCUGAAGAAUCAAUGCCCAUUGAAAUAACUGCAAGACUUGAUAGCUCGACAACUAAUCGAACACGGCGCCCCAUGCAGAAACUUAGCAAGGACUUUGAUCCGAGCCAAUCUUACGUGAUAAAGCACGCAAACGGGACCAUUUCCUAUGUCUUCCCGGAGAAGAUAGCGUCUACCACGGCUGGUACAAGUGUUGGCACGGAGAAAUCGACUAGCGAUGUGACGUAUCGAAGUAGGCGUUGUUUAGACAAAAAUUGCACGUCUGAGAAGAGUGACUUUGUGUUUCCCAAUGAAUUGGUUCCAAAAGUAGACACAGAACACUGUCAACCAGAUGAACCAAUAUGUACUGCCGUCAUCGAUUACCCGGAGCAGGUAAUCAACGAAAUCAUUGCCAAGCACGGCGAACGAUACAGCGAGGUCUUCGGCGAUGACGUCUUGGUGAGCAAUGGGGACAAGCUAGUGCAGCGAUUCGAUACUUCCGACGAUGAGUUUCUUUGCAACAGCGAGGAGCGCUUGGUCCAUCCUAAGAGUGGACUUACCAAAGACGAUUACACAGUGAUGAUCGUCAACACCCGCGACUACUUGCAGGGUGUGCGAGUGGAAACGUGUCGCAAUGCAGGCAAACCGUGUGACAAUUUAGAUGUUGGUAACAUAUACCAAACGGAAUGCAAGCAACUGUAUCACUAUCGGACACUACUGGCCAUUAACCCAUACACCAACGAACCAUACAAGGAACUAUUCCGGUUACCAUCGUGCUGCAAGUGUGUGCGAAAACCGGUAGCAGGUAUAUUGCGGAAGCGACGAGAAGCGGAAGGGCUUUGAUCAACUAAGUUAGCAACGAGCAUGACCCGAGUGGUUUGGUGGAAUCAAAGCGGGGCCGAAUUCGCAGAUUUUUCGCCCGAGGGCAGUAGGGCGAUAUAACGUAUUCUUAGGAUGUGAUUGAUAUAUGAUUUGACUAAUUUUAGCGAGUGAUUUGUUAAUGUACAUUUCCAUUAAACCAAUAGGCCAUAUAGCUGUAACAGGAACCACUUGAAAAAAUAAAUAUUGUUUUUAUUACCAAGAUACUCACA